AUGAAGCUUCAGACUCCUGGAGGCGUGGGCACCCGUGUGUACAUGCUGGACGCGUCGGGUAAGAAAUACAAGCAAUUCAACCUGCUCAACAAGGAAUUUACGUUUGACGUAGACGUUUCUUCAUUACCCUGUGGUUCCAACGCCGCGCUUUACUUCACCAAGAUGGAUCCCGAUGGUGGUACCUCGCGUUUUCCUACAAAUCGCGCCGGUGCAGCGUAUGGAACUGGCUAUUGUAAUGCCCAGUGCCCGAAAGAUGUCAAAUUCAUUAAUGGUGAGGCCAACCUCAAGCAAACCUACGGUUCUUGCUGCAGUACGGUGGCCGUUUGGGAGGCUAACAGCAUGGCUACAUCUUAUUCAACUCAUGCCUGCUCCAUUAAGGACCAACAUCGUUGUCUCACUGACGGAGACUGCGGAGCUAACGAUGAAAGUCGAAACGUCGGGUGGUGUGACAAGCCAGGUUGCGGCUAUAAUCAGUUCCGCAUGGGCAAUACGAUGAAUUACGGCCCUGGCGAUAAAUUCGACAUUGAUACGACCAAACCAUUUACGGUUGUCACGCAGUUUUUGACGAGAGAUGGCAGCGAUACUGGCGAGUUAGUUGAAAUCCGUCGCAUUUUCAAGCAGUUUGAUAAAAUUUUUGAUAAAGUUCCUAUGAGUGUAUAUCCCAAGCUGGAAAACUCUAGCUCAAUCACAAGUUCGUUCUGCAAAGCGUCAAGGACUUUAUUUGGCGAAAGCCUGGUGAAUAGGGGUGGACUUAAGAAAAUUGGCAAGGACAUAGCUGGGGGCAUGACGCUGGCAAUGAGCAUCUCGGUGGACUACGAGUCCAACAUGGAAUGGCUAGACAGCUACACCGGUGAUGACCCAACGAUUCCUGGAGCUAAGCGCGGUCCUUGUCCGAAACCUGGCGGUGAACCCGAUUGUGUGUUUGCUGAGAGCCCUAACGCGGCAGUAAAGUUCUUCAACCUCCGCUGGGGCGCCCAUUGGACUACUAUCUAG